GAACUUGAUCAAAUGAUAAACGAUUUAUAGGCAAGUAAACAUUUGCCAAUCGACUGCCUUUGUCACAAUCUCGCAUUCAUUUGGAUACAUAAGACAGCAGAAAUGGCGACAGGGCUAGAAAUAGACCAUGAACCAAGAAAAACAUCUGGAGGUGUCGGAAAACUGCUGUGUCUUCAUUGUAUGCAAGUGGUACCUCGAUACUUUUGCUUAGAAUGUGAAGUGUACUUAUGUGAUACAUGCAAGACACAACAUGACAAAGACCGACUUAAAUGCAAACACACGUAUGUGACAACAUAUUCUCAGAAUAGGAUCAUUGGUAGUGACAUGAGAGCUCCAAAGCAAGGGGAUAUUGACAAUCCAAAAUCAGUUAAAAUGGACGAAUCUAUAGCAGAUGGUCCCGUCAGCUCAAAGAAAAGAAACUUAUCUUCGACAGAAGAGGAAAUACUGGCCAGUUCCUGCGAUGCGCCAGAGACAAGUAGGACUUCUGUAGUCAUGUCCAGUGUAAGAAUAUUAACUACAAAGACUGAAAACGACGUCAAAAACACCACGGAAAUAGGCUGCCUCAAGCUGCUAAGAGACGACUUAGUAGUAGUUACUGAUAUUGAAAACAAACGACUCAAGUGUUUCGUAUACUCGUUGGAUGACCUAUUUCUGGUAGAGUCCUUAGUGUUCAAAACUGCUCCUUGGUGUGUAUCAAGUGUGGAUGAUAGUAAGCUCAUUGUGACUCUGCCUGAUGCGAAAUGUUACCAAGAACUACAUAGAGACAGGUCCUGUUUGAGACGUGGUAAUAUAAUAAAACUUGGUGGUCACUAUCCCGUGUGUGCAGUGACUAAAUCUGGAAUUGUGUUUGCGGACACAGACAAUGCUCAUUUUAUUAUGACUGAUUUAUCUGGACAACAUGUUACAGAUUUGUUUGAUAAUGAUAUUGAAAAACGGUUCGAAACUCCCAAUUUUCUUCUCUAUAAUGACCGCAACGAUAUGUUGCUUAUAAACGACCCGGUUAAAGGAGUGUUUGGGUUUGAUAUGACCUAUAAAAGUUGGAUAUUUCGUUUCUCUAAUCCAUCACUAGUUUGCCCUCUUGAAUUUAUUGUAGCUGAAAAUGAGGACAUAUUCAUACUUGGGAACGAAAGUAAAAAUAUUCAUGUUAUUUCCUUGAACGGUGAAUUUAAGUAUGAAAUAAGUUUGCGUGAUGUGAACACUCAACAAGGGCCGUGUUGUAUAUGCUACCAUCCAAAGUUGCAUGCGUAUUUAAUUUCUUUAUCUGGUUCCUAUGAUUUGUUACAGUUCAAAUUAAAUAUCUGA